CGGCUCGACCGAUCGUCCGCCACGUGUCCUAUCUACGUCCUCUCCCUUCCUCUCCAUCUCCAGCUGUGUCUGCUUCCUCCUUCGCUACAAAGGAGGACGAUGACUCUUUACCGCUCUCCUCCCCUCCUACAUCUCUCGCCCCUUCUCACACCCCGUCCCCAUCGCCAUCGCCAUGAGUUUUCUCACUGAGCGGGCUCUCGGCGACCACAUGCUGGCGCCACGUGGUGACACUUCGACAAUUCGGCAAGUCCAUCACCCGCGAUUCAGUCCAGAUUUUCUACGGCUCGCACAAUUCUUCUGUACCACGGGAGUGUACGCGGCGGCAGAGUUCCGAUUCACGGGUCAUCGUCAAGCGAUCGUGUUGGUCGAGGCGUCGGCUAUUCGACGGUUGUCAGCACCAGGAGUUAGCCACGUGUUUACCGUCGUCAUCUUCAGCGGCGAUAUUAGAGUGAUCAGCCAUCCACGACACACGACCAUCCGGACGUCGUUAAGGGAGUGGGGCCAGCAGCUGGCAACGGAGUGGAAUCAGUGGCUUACGUGCAGCAGCGACAAUCUUGUCCCCACGGACGACAUCGAGGUCAGAGGGCUCCGAACUGGUCGGCCUGCCUCGAGGAGCAGAGAGGAUUCGUCAUCGCAACGAGAGUACCUGGACCCGCGGAGGAUAAUCGACCUCGCCUUCUUUCAGCCUCGAACGGCCUCCAAAGACGAAGGGCUAACGCUUGAGGAGGAAGAAGAAGAGGGCAUAAAGGAAGGCGACGAGGAGAAAGAAGAGGAAACCUCGGAAGAAGCAGGGAGUUACAGUGAAUACAGCGAGGAAGAGUCGGGCAAAGAAGAAGAAGAAGAAGAAGAAGAAGAAGAUCAGCUGGAGGAAAAGGAGGGAUCUGAGUGGGAGGCUUUGGGUGAAGAGGCGGAACACGCAGAGACUCGGGAUGAGGACCCCGAGGUGGUGCGAAGGAGAGAGGAGAUCGCAGCCGGAAAGCAGCCGCUGGAGUUCGCAAGUGAAGUGGAUCUGCCGAUCCCGAAAGACCCGGCCAAGGAUCCCAAGCCGCCCAAGAACGACAAUAGGAACCUUGUUGCUGAGACUUCGAGCGCACCGGCCCGACGACGACGAAGUUGAUCCCCCUCCCCCUCCACCUCUGCCCGUCCACCAGUUUGUGCUCGUACCGAUGCGGGGCAUCG